CGCCAUGGCCGAGCCGCGCUCCAAGCGGCCCCGCGUCACCCUGCCCGCCUGCCCCGCGCACCGCCCGCUGCCCGGCAGCCGCGUCCGGCAGGGCUUCCCGCCCGCCGUGGAGGAGGGCCUGUGCGGGGUCACCGGCGCCCUGCUGGAGCUCGCCUACAGCCUGCAGGCGCUGGGUGAAUAUUUUGACCAGUCGCAUGUUGCUCUACCAAAUGUUUCAAAGUUCUUCUUGCAUCAAGCUCUGGAAGAGAGAAAAGCCGCAGAGGCUUUGAUGAAGUAUCAGCAAGAAAGAGGAGGCCAUUACUGUUCUAAAACUAUCCAGAAACCAAACUGUGACUAUGCGGUCGGUCUGAUGAAAGCCCUGGAAUUAGCAAUGGUACAGUGGAAAACUAUGAUACGAUAUUUUGAAGAGCUUUAUGCCCUGAGUAUUGAAAAUGCAGACCCUCAUAGCGCAAGCACUAUCAAGAAACAAUUUAUCGGGCCCAAAAUCCAGAAGAUCAAGCUGAUGGGAGAUCUACUGACCAACGCUCGCAGGCUUGACUGUUCCCAAGAUGGCAGAAACAGUCUUGGGGAUUACUUUAUGGACCGGUUGCAGAAAGAGUUCAGAACAGGAAUAGAGCCAGAGUCUAGUCAGCACUGCAGCCCCUGCCUGCCUCUCCAGCAGUGUACAGGAGCUGCAGAGGGUAUGAAGCGACCCCAGAGAGAAUCUUUCCAGCACAGAAAUGGCAUAGGGCCAAUCUAUGCAACCAUACACUGCACCACCACACUGCCACACUGCCACGACGGGACAGGAGCAAAAGUGAAGCAGGGCAGGGAGGGACUUUAAUGCUGUGGCUGCUGCAGCUAUGGGGCUGCUCCUAAGGCAGACCUGUACAGAGCGUGGCCUUGAGACCAAAACUCAGGAGAUAGGAUGCUCUAUUGCUCCUCCUGCUUUACAACCUGCCCCCUCAACCUCUGUUGAGUAACAGCUCAAAAUCUAGCUCAUACCAUUAUUUUGUUUAAAUUAUAGCAAGAUUGCUAGUUACUGAGGCUGUUGGCAUUAGUCACACUUUUAUCUACAUAAUGCUUCCUAGAAGUCAAAAGCUUUUAAGCCUCUUUUGUCUCAACGAGUAGUCAGUGCAAAUUAUUUUUAACAGUAUAUGUAACUUUUAUU